CUUUACAGGUACAGAUAAGCUCUACUAUAUGAAUCUCUUUUUUUCUUAAAUCAUACCAUAAUAAUUGAAAGUUUAAACAAUUUUUUUUUAUGAGAAAAUCCAAAAAACAGUUCAAGUACUAAAAGUUGAUAAAUCAACUUCCACAUAUUUAAAAGUAAGAAGAGAAACAAACAAGGAAGAAGAAAAUUCAAAGCUAACGACUUAAACACAGCCACAACUCAAGCAUCCACUUAUCUUAGUCCCUCCCUACUUAUAUGAAUUGCAAUCAUCAAUAUCAUCAUAGCUUAAAAAAUCAUCAAACUAACACAAUUUCCUCUCUCACUCUCACCAUGGCAACUCAUCACCACCACAAAAUUCAACACACUAUAUUUCUACUUGCUGCUUUUCUUCUUCAAUUCUCAUCACUACAAGUCCCCUCACUUGCAUAUGAUCCUCAAGACAUAUACUUCAUCAAAUGCGGCUCAAAUAACGACGUUACGGUUGACCAAAGUAAUAACAAAGUUUAUAUUGGUGAAUCAAACCAUAAUUACCCUAAACCAAAUUUCAGCAAUAGCUACACAGAAACCAAUCAAUCAAUCGUGCCUUCACCUCUCUACCAAACAGUAAGAAUUUUCCGUUCCGAAUCUUCGUACAAAUUCAUUACCAUCCCAAACAACACCUACAUGGUACGUUUCCAUUUCUUUUCAUUCUCUUCAGCAAGUAACCUUUACAAAGCAAAAUUCAACAUUUCCGUUUCUGGUUUCUCUCUGUUGCAAAAUUUUGACGCUGAAAACACCACCAACACUGUUGUAAUAAAAGAAUAUUUCGUUAAAAUCAUCGGAAAUAGAUUCAAAAUAAAGUUCACACCCCAAAACUCAUCAUUUGCGUUUGUUAAUGCCAUAGAGCUCUUUAUGCUCCCCAUUCAUUUAAUCCCCGAUUCAAUCCAGCGAUUCAAUUACUCCGGUUCUGCUGGUCUAAGCUUAUCUAAUUACACUGGCGGCUUACACUCAAGAGCUUUGGAAACUAAACACCGUCUUAACGUUGGUGGUGAAGCUGUCGAUAGAAUAUCCGAUAACUUAAUGAGAGAAUGGUUACCAGAUGACAGUUAUAUAACUGAUCCACAAAACGCUAAGAAUAGUACUUUUGGAGGUACAAUUAAACGCAAUGCAGAUGAUGAAUCUGAUGGUCGAUAUUCAAAUAAAUAUACUGCUCCCGAUGUUGUUUAUCAAACUGCCAAAGAGAGUAAAAACGGUUCUAACGGUUUAAGUAUAAGUUGGAGUGUUCCUGUGGAGAAGAAUACAGAUCAUUUCCUUAGGCUUCACUUUUGUGACAUUUUUAAUCCACAGAGUCUACUUACAACCUUCAUUCUCAACAUUUAUGACCAGCCUGUUAUUACUGUAAAUGAUGGCGCAGAUGUGUCUUCUGCUUAUUAUUAUGAUUUUGUGGUUCGUUCAGAUGGUUCUGGACUAUUGAAAGUUAGCGUGGUACCUAAUAUGACGGUUGAUAAUCAACUGGUUGCUAAACCGAACGCUUUUCUAAACGGGCUAGAACUGAUGAAAGUGAUAGAAUUGUCUGGUUCAAUUCCCUUAUAUGAUUCGGAUUCCAAUUCGAAGAAGAUUAGUCUUCCUGUGGUGGUGGGUUCGGUCGUUGGAGGUUUUGUUUUGGUUUCUGUAGUGGUGGUUUUGUUUAUUUGGAUCUGUAAAUACAGGAAACAAAAGCCUGUUGAGAAUUACAAAUGGUUGCCAACUCGAGCUUCUGCAGGAGGGAGUUCUCACGGCAGAUUAGCUGAUAAUAUUAACCUUGGAUUGAAAAUCUCCUUGCGUGAUCUACAAUUGGCAACGGAGAAUUUCAAUGCGAAGAGGGUAAUUGGAAAAGGUGGUUUUGGAAAUGUUUACAAGGGAGUUCUCAAGAAUGGAAUGAGUGUUGCAGUGAAAAGAAGUGAGCAAGAGUCAGGUCAAGGAUUUCCUGAGUUUGAAGCUGAGAUAAUGGUUUUGUCCAAGAUUCGUCACAGACACCUUGUUUCCUUAAUCGGUUAUUGUGAUGAAAGGUAUGAGAUGAUACUUGUUUAUGAGUACAUGGAAAAAGGGACACUUAGAGACAGCUUGUAUAGUACAAAUUUGCAUAGUUUUUUGACUUGGAAGCAAAGGCUUGAGAUUUGUAUUGGUGCUGCUAGAGGUCUUCAUUAUCUUCACAAAGGAGCAGCUGGUGGAAUCAUUCACCGUGAUGUGAAAUCCACAAACAUAUUGCUUGAUGAGAAUCUUGUAGCUAAAGUUGCUGAUUUUGGUCUUUCAAGAACUGGUCCUCUAGAUCAGCAUUCUUAUGUCAGCACAGGUGUUAAAGGAACUUUCGGGUACCUUGAUCCCGAGUACUUUCAGUCACAACAGCUUACUGAAAAGUCUGAUGUUUAUUCAUUCGGUGUGGUUUUACUCGAAGUGUUAUGUGCAAGACCAGCCAUUGACCCGUCGCUUCCAAGGGAUCAGGUGAACUUGGCUCAGUGGGGAAUAUUUUGUAAAGACAAAGGGAUACUUGAAGACAUCGUUGAUCCUUCCAUCAAGGGACAAAUUAAUCCAAACUCACUUAGAAAGUUUAGUGAGACGGUGGAUAAAUGCUUACAGGAUGAUGGCUGUGAUCGGCCAUCAAUGGGUGAUGUGUUGUGGGACUUGGAAUAUGCUUUGCAGCUUCAAAAAGGCAUAAUACGUAGAGAACCACAUGAGGAUAGUUCUACCAAUGCUUCUGGAUCAAUUCAAUUGCCUAAUAUUCGCCGUUUACCUUCUCUGUCUACAAUGACUGAAAUGGAUGAUAUGUCUAUUGGGAUGCUUAAUGUUGAAUCAAAUAGUUCAGCAGAUCCUGUUUUCUCUCAGUUGAAAAUUGAGGAUGCUAGAUAGAAUAUCAUGUCAAGUCCUUUAAGAUACAAUGAUCAACUUUCUAGUGUCUUUUGUGGAGGAGCUGUUUUGUUUAGACGGCUCGCUUCUCUUUUCUGUCAUUAUUUUCUUAUAGUUUUUUCCCUUUAGUUAUGGUUGUUGGUCUAUUCUCAAUUGUAAGAUUAAUAAUGAUAAUGUCUAUUUCUGAUGCUUGCAAUAAACUGUUGUAAUUAGGUGCAUUAUAUACAACACUUAUUUCAAUAAUAGAAAGAUUCUGAAACUUGUAUCGAA